AUUUUAUGAGUAGCACUCGUGCGCAGUUUAUUCGCGAAUUUGUACGCGCUCGUCUUAAAGUUUAUAGUUGCCGGAAAACAAAAUUCUAAGAACAGUGCGUAUUUGUGUUGUAAUAGUUUUGUGUGUAAUUGGUUUAAAAUUAGAUUUUUAACUGGUUAAAUAUCUGAUUUGAAUAGUGAAAAGUUCAAUAGUGGAAUAUUAAUUUCGGAUUUUUUACACAUUCAAUCGGUACCACUAUGAUUGUCCAACUACUGAGAAUGCGGAAAAUCUUCAAGAAGAUUUGAAACCUAAUUUAAAAUAAAUAAUGGGUAGUGCAAAAGAGUCGCCAGCGAAACCACUAUUACCAAUGGCUGAUACCGCAGACAAGAAAUCCAUAGCUAAACUGAUAAAGAGGCUCUUUAAGAAAGAUAAAAAGAAAGAUGAAGUUGUUAAAGUGGACGUAAAACGAGAAGAGCAACCAACUGUGAAAGUCGAUCCAAAUACUGCAACCGUCGCGAACAUAAUUGAGAAUAUUAAGAAACUCGAAUUGAACGACAAAACACCUGAAUCUGAUGAGGAUGACGAAUUGAAACAUUUCUCCUUUAAAGUGGUAGAGGACGAAGGCAGAGGGGAGAGGAUUGACUCCCAUUCUUCUGAAGACAGCGGCUUCUCAGAAAAGGUCGACGACUGCGACGAGAAAUGCAAAGAAGAAUUGGUCGAGUCAUUGAACAAUUUGAAGAUAGAUAUAGGUAAGAAACAGAAGAAACUUCAGACCGUCGUGGUAUCAAGAACGCCGAUCAGAAAUAAAGUUAGUGAUUUCGGAUCUAACGCAAGACCGUAUCCAGUCCAGUCGACAGAUGUCGCUUUUAGACAGAUCCAUCAAGUCAACAAGCAGUUUUUCAGCGGAGGUCAAGUCAUAGAGAAUCCGGUUGCCACCAUCGACAAGACCAUAAGUACACCUCAAUGUCAUACAAAUAUUCCCGCCGCCCGACACCAACACGACAACCGCCUCGAGUUCGACUUAGCCAUCGAGCACGUUCAGAAAACAACAGAAUCCUCCCAACACGAGUAUGGCCAAGAAUGGCUACUAAACACGGUCAACGAGGUCAUAGACAACAUAGAAAAAAACAGCGAUAUAGAAUCUGAGCUGAAUGUAUUCGGGCUGAACGAGACGGAGGAUAUAAAUUUCGCACAAUACAAUAGCUACCUUCAAGCGGAGGUGCCGAACCCGAUCGAGGAGUUCGAAAACCACUUAGACAACGGUGCAACCUGCCUAACAAAUUACGAUGACGUUUACAAUCUGAUAAACGAUAAAUAUGCUCAGGAAUAUAACAGGCCAGAGGAGUCUUUUGUGUUCUUGACACCGCCACAUUCGGAAGAAGUGGCCAGUCCCAUGUCAGAUUCUCAAGCGUCUAUGUACAGAAAUACGUCAGAGUACACUCUGUCCCCGGAAAGGUCUUCCCCGAUCGGAAACAGUGACUGUGAAUUGUUCCAGGAAAUUCCCCACGGUAUUGAACAGUUAGAUUAUCCAACAUGCGUAUCUGCCGACAGUGAUGUUACCAAAUCUAGGAACAGGUCGUCUUCAACUGGAUCUUUGAAGAAACGGAUGAAAGAAUAUAAAGAUCUGCAAAAAGAGAUAGGAAAUAGAUACAGUAAGAAAGAAUGCUGUCAAUUAUCAAGAAAACCGUGUAAAAUAAUAUUUCAGGAGCACAUGCAAAAGUUGAAGAUGGAACAAAGGGCGGGACUUUGUCUAAAGGUCGCAAAGAUGGACUUGAAAACCGCGUUUGGGGUGCUACAACGUAUACUCCAAAGCCUGUCACUGAGCUCCGAGCUAGAGGACCUUCAGCACGUGCUGUUCGUGCUCAUCUGCGAGCGAGUACUCUCACAGAAGCCUUCAGUUUUUGCGCAACAAUUCGGCUUGAACUUGCUAAAGGAGGCCGCUCUCCGCUGCUACCGGCGACCUCUUCUAACUAGAUACCUGGUGCAGUGCAUACGUAUCGCCAUCAAACUGGACCCGUCCCUCGUCAGCGGGAAGAGUACAGUGUUCCACGAGGUGGACGUGCAAGGCGACACUUUACUGAUCGCGUGUGUCCGCAUCGGUGAUGCAGCCGCUGACGUGUUGAGCGAGCUGGUUCGAAGAGAACACGAUCAGUUACCUCUGUUCAAGAUACACCACGUCAACACUGAUGGUUUAUCCGCGCUGCAUGUCUGCUGCGUGGAACACUCGGCCGAGUCGCCCCGUCUCCACGUUGCGCACGUACUCCUGCAGCACGCUGACGCUGACAUAUGGAAGGGGAACAAUAAAAGCGGCGACACAGCGCUCCAUCUAGCGGUGAACUCGCGCAACUGCGACCUGAACCUUAUCAUGUUACUGUUCAGGCACGUGGACCGGAAACUGUGGAAGAAACUCGCACAUACACCCAACAUGUGCUCAAGAACACCUUUAGAUUACGCCCGCGAAGCUACACGAUCUCAAACUCGACAAAAUCAUCCAUACGAAGUGCUAGAAUUCCUUCAGAAAUGUCGUAAUUAAUUAAAGGUGUAUGUAAUAUAAUAAAUUGGAUUUAUUAAUUGAUGUUAAAACAAUAGAAAACCUAUCUUCGUAGCGAAUGGUUAAACCAUUCCGCGGCGGAAGCUUUUAGAACGAGAUCUUUUUACAUUUAGGUCCAUGCGUGAUCUUUUGUCGGCUGUGUUAAAAAAAAAUACUGGGAUGUAGGUAACCAAAUAUGUUACUUGGAAUUUGAAUAAUUUACUCAUAUGAACAUACAAGAAUAAAACUGCGCUAUAAAAUAAACUAAUUGUGCAUUUUGCCGGUUUCUUUACCCAAAUGUGUAAAAAAAUAUAACUGUCAAAAUUGGCGCCAUUCUACAUAGUCUGUGGUCAUGUUACCUUGUAAUUGUUACUUUUUGGCUGACGGCUUUCGCCAAAGUCACAAUAAAUGAAAAAAAAAAGUCUGUGGUCAUACACUACGUAGAGUAAAAGUAGGCGCCAAAUUUGUUGAUCAUAAUUUAGGUUAUUUGAUUUUAAGCGGUGGAUCUUCCAUUAUGUAUUCAAUUCACUAAUUGAAAUUGCUUUAAGAAUUUUAGUUGUAUCGAGUACUGUUGCAUGUUUUUACUUUUUAAUGUUGACUUUUGUGUCAAGUUGUCACUCUAGUUGUAUAUUUUUUUCAUAAGUACACAGAUAUAAAAAAAAAAUUAAGAAUAAAAAUAAUGUAUUUGUUGACAAUUAAAACUGGAAACGAUCUGUGCAAUGGCACUGAUCGUUUACAAUUUACAAUGUUAUUUUUAUUCUUUUUUUUUUUAUAAAGAUUAUAUUAUAUUUGCUGAAACAAUGAAUAGUAAUGAAUUACUAUGAAAUUGCUAUUUGAGUCACCAGACACUACAUUGAUUAAAUUGUAAUUAUUUUGUCUGUAUGAAACAUUUCUUUGGUUGUGUUUAUGUUCUAGUGUCUUUUUUUUUUUUACAUCGUUACUUUUUUUUAAAAUAGGUAUAAGUACUGUUUCAUUUACAAAAAGAGAAUGCAGAUACUAUUCUUAAUCUAUGAUUUCUUAUUCAUAUUUUUUUUUAUGGUUGACAAUAAGGAACGCCACAUGUUGUAUGUUUAUGACAAUAAAUAUUUUUUUAGAGCUUAAGGACAUUACUAAUUUGUAUAUACGAGUCGAGUAUUUAAGUUAAUACAUCAUUAUAGUCGUUCCAAACUACGUCCAAAAAUGUUAAAAACAUUUCGCUCCGUUACACAGAAUAAUUCAUACAACUAGUCCCACUUUAUAUCCCUUAAAUGAGAUAUAAAUACGAAUUAAUUCUUAUUUAAUGCAUAUAAAAUAUAACACAUAAACGGAUGACCUCUGUAUACGUGCAAUCUGAACAUUUUGUUUUGCAUUUUUAAACAAUCGUGUAAAUCACAGAAGAAGGUGCAAUCAACUUGAGUGAGACCAUAAACGUAUAAAACUCUAAAGUAUGUUACAAUCAGAGUGACAGAGAAUAGUACUUAUGUUGUUAGUAUAACGUUACAUCCUUAGAUUAAAAACAAAGCGUCAAUAACGGGUCAACUUUUUUAUAAUAAAAAAAAGAGUUAGCUAAUUUGACUUCAUUAUCUUUCUCUCUCUCUCUAGCUCUUUAUUAGUGUUCUAUAUACUGACACUUCGACGUGUCUAUAUUUAUUUAAAAUGAAAUAAAAAAAAGAGCGAAAAUUAGAACUAAUAAAGAAAUCAUUUAUAACCGGUAAAUAUCUUCAAUUUUAAGCAUAAAGAUAUCUAGAAAUAUAUUUGUAAAUAUUCACAAUCUUUUUAGAGAAAUCGCGCCAUUUUUAGUGUUGCAAUUAUACGAAAAACUUCCCCUCAAGUGAAUUAAAAUUCCCGAAAUGAGGUGUAUUUUUUUUUAAUAAGAAUUAUUCAAUUGUUAUUUUGUCAUUAUUAUUUGUAUUGUAUGCUUUUUUUUUUUUUUUUUUUUUUUUUUUUUUGAAUUUUUACUAAUAAUUUUUUAAGGUACGAUUCCCCUUACCAUAUUUAUCUUAAUCUCAAGUAUUAAUUUCUAAUCUGGUAACACUGUCUCGUAUAAAAUUGUAUAAAAAAGUUGACCCGCUUUUUUUUAAGCAUUUGUACGAAGACACUAUAUGAAGGUUACAUCUUUUAUGAGACAGAACCAGUAAUGACAGACAUUAUUGGACCUACUUACAAAUUAGAUUGAGAUUAUCAUCAGAUUUAUUUUAAUCAUGAACAAAAUCAUCAUACGUAAUAUAGAAGUAAGCAGCACGAAAUAUUUUUUACGUUUUAGUUAUAGUUUUGUACAAUUGUUGUAAAUUUAAAAACUCUGCAUACGCGCUAUAUACGAUUCUUAAUCUAAGACAAAAAAAUUAAGAACUAGUCGCUACAUGCGACUCUUUAUCUAUGACAAUGCGUUACUAGGUUUUAAGUCGAUAAAUAAAAAAUCUAUGCAGUUGUUUAUUACGAAUGUUAUGAAAAGUCAAAUUAUAUUGUGGCGAUAGUUACUGCGUCGAUUCUAUAUUAAAGUUACUUUAAAACGGUCCUUAGAAUAAUGUUUGCAUAAUAUCUAAAUGAAAUUUUACCUUUAGAAAUGAGGAAUACGUUUUAUAAUCGACUCCAGUAUAAUUUAGUUGCCAUUUUCUAUGAAACCUUGUCAGUCACAAUAAAUACUUAACACGAAUUUCUUUGUCAUUUCAUUUUGACAUCUUUGUCUUAUUUUUGAGGAUAAUAAAUAUGAAUAAAAAGCUAAAUUAUGUGAAAUAGCAAACUGUUAAUUACCACUGUCUAUAUUUCUAGCUAUGUUUCCUACAAGUGCCUAUAAUAUUGACAGAGCUGUACAAAUUAAAGAUUUAGUACCGUGAUAAAUAGAACUCAAUAACAAUGGUUACAAUGUUUUAAUAAAAAUGUCACAGUAAUAAAAUUAGUAAACAAUAAAAACAUUGAAUAAACUAAAAGAAUUUUAAAUCGUAUUUUUGAAAUUAGCAUACUGUCUUGUAGUCGGAUUUUGAUUUUGGAACUAGUGGCGGGUAACAUAUAGCGAUAUCUAUAUAUUUCAACUUAAAUAUCUAUAUACCGGUCCAAUAACGAAUAUAUUGAAAGUCUGUUAUCCAAAAAAUAAUAUUAGUUAACAGACUUUUAAUAUAUUCGAAAAUAGAUAUCCGACCGAUAUAAAUGAUGACCUUUUUCCCGCCAUCAAUAUCCAGUAGCGUCCAAUAUAUAAAUAUCGUAUCGGUUUCCAUAUUAGCCGUGCCUAAUUCAAACAUACCAUAAUAACGAUUGAUGUACUUAGAAUUUAUUAAAAAAUUGUAACCUUUUUAAAAAAUGCGAAUUAAAGAAAUCAGAUAAAACUGUCAUUGUAUACAAUGCUUAAUUAUAAUAAAUAACAGUAAUUUGGAUUAAGAAAUAUUAUUCAAAAUUGAUCUCUUUCACUGUGCAUUAGGAUCUGAUCAUGUUUUAGAUUAAUUGUACAAAAAGGUCCCACCAUUGUGAUUUUUAUUUGUUAAAAUUUCCUGAUAAUAUCAAAGAUGUAAAUUUAGAAUAAUGCUGUUUAUUUUAUUAUAAUCAAAUCAAGAAAAUUGUUGUUUAUUAAAAAUAUAGAUAACAUAAAAAAAUAAUAAUUGCUUCAUUUCGAUGAAGUUAUUUAUCUAUGCUGGGUACAGCAAAUCUGUUUUUUUUUACGACAUCAUUAUCUGUGGAUCGGUGCACUAAAGGCGGGAGAAUAUUUUCCACCAUAUUUAAAAAUGUUAGCUGUACACUUAUUAUUCAUUAUAUUUUUUCUUUAUUGAUGUUUUAAAAAUAUUUUUGUAUUGUAAAUAGCAUGUUAGUUGUUAAGAGUUUUUAGAAUAUCGAAAAUAAGGUAGAUUAUAACUUUUUUUCAUGUCAUAAAAAAGGACAUCAUUAAGUUUUUCUUUUUUUUUUUUUGUAAAAAUAAAAAUGAAAUUAGGAAUGCAAAUUUAUAUUUUUUAAAGUAAUGAGCAAUACUUAAUAGGCUUGGGUAAUUUAAACUGUAUAUAGUCGCAAUAUAUGUAUAUUGGUGAAAAAUUAUAAAUCUAUAUAUAGACGAGGCAAACAAACUGUAUAUUAGAUAUUAUCUGUUACAAGUAACAUGCCUCUUUUUGACACCGUUCUGCGGCCGACUGCGACGUAGCUGUUCGAAUCGGCCCGGUCAAUAUCCAAUAUUGCACUCAACUCGAUACACUGAUACAUGCGAACCGAAUCAGUAACCGAUACGCACGUAUUUAUCGCGUAUAGUAUGAUAUUGGCCGGGGCAAUUCACCGCUACGACUCGAUUCGUAAUAGGGGACAUCUGGAUAAGACAAGACUAGACAAAAUAACGAUAACGAGUUAAUAAUAUCCGAUAUAGACGUUGUUAAUAUAUAAAAGAUUCGAUUUAAAUGAAUCAUGAGUGCGUGAAUAGGUACGAAACUACGGUGUAUGUAUUUGAAUAUUAAAAUGAAUGGACGUUCUAAGCAAACUGUCGACUAAAAGAAACAUGUAUGACCAUUUAUUUCUUUCUGUAUGUAUCAACUAUUUAAUGUAGAAUAAAAUGAUUUUUAAACAUUUUUCUUGAGUUAUUGAAAUAAAAUCAAAGGUAUAUAAAAGGGGUCGUUUUGUUUGGUGUCCACCCUAGCAGUUUUAGGCGUUACGAAAUACCUAAAUAUAUAGUUUGAAUGUCUCUAAUUCAAGUCAAAUUGAAUAACCAGUACUAAUUCAAUAUUGCAAAAAAAAUAUUACCUAAGCCUAAUAUUUUUAUUUCACUGUAUUUUUUUUUAUUCUUAAUUUCUGCUCUCUGUAAAAUAGGCAGGCACAGUCUAUAUUUCCGUUGUAUAAAAAAAGCACGUUAUUUUCACUUCACUACUCUAUCAUUGCUCCAGUGUAUAUAUAUAUUUUAAAUUUAUAUAUUUUUUAUAUAUUAAUAACGCGAGUACGUGACAUACCUCGGACAAUAUUUCUAUGAAAACCAUUUGUUUUAUACAUGAUUUGUUUUAUCAUAAAUAAAAUUUUGUUGUAACGUUG